AUGGCCGAGAACAUAACAUCCCUUCUGCCCCCACCCCAACCACUGGCAGUCGCUUGUGCCGUCCCGCCCUGUCGGCCAGCUGGCCACAACGGUUCCUCCCUCGCCUGAGCUGAAGAUGCUGCCACUCCUGGCAUUCGUUUUCCCUCCCCUCUUCUCACUGGCAGCCAUCCGCAACGCCAUGGAGAGGGAGCCAGGCCGCAUUCGCAUUCGCAUUCGCCCGCUCUCUCAUUCCAGCGCCACUACACCGCCACCCGGCUCAACUAUGGGAUCAACGACACGAGCCCUGAGCGGUCAGCGGAGCUCCACGCUUUCUGGCAAACCUACUACCAGCCGUCCAUCCACUGCAGCAACGAGAGGCGGCUUGGCGGGGAUUUCUUCAACAGUAUGGAUGGAGGCAAAUGGGUGUGUGAGCCGUCUACUUUGGCAGAUCAGGGGGAGAGGUGCCUCGUGUACUCGUUCGGGAGCAACAACGACUGGACCUUUGAGAGGGACGUCCUGAACACUGCCCCGGGGUGCGAGAUACAUGUCCGUAAGAGAGAAUCUGCAAAGAUGAUAUGGCGUGUCCACGCCACGGCCAUCAGUCAGUCUCUUUUGUCCUGUGGUGUGCAGACGUUCGACCCCUUUAUCUCGGCCCCAUCCGCCCCGGCAGGUGUCCAUUUCCACCGAUAUGGCCUCGGCCACUUCUCCCUCCCCGCCCCAUCCAACGACCCAAACCUCACCCUCACCCCCACGUCGCCGCAACUGGUCGGACUGCCAGCCAUCGUUCGCGCCCUCGGCCACGAGGAGCGGCUCAAAGUGGACAUAGAGGGUGGCGAGUUCGAGGGAUUGGGAGGGGGCAGGUGGCCGGCGGUGAGAGAGGUGGAGGUAGAAGUGCAUUUGAUGGGCCCUGGGGGGAGAGAGACGCUGACCUGCUGGUAG